GGAUUUCCAAAAAUUUUAUGAAAUGUUCAACUUAACCUAAAGGUCAAGGCUUUCUUAAAAAUUAUCUAGUUUUAUUGAAAAUGGCUAUAAUGAACGUUACGCGAAAUAUAUUAAGACACGGUCAAGGUUUGGCAGAAAGUCUCCUUUUCAGUGCACGGUGUAUCACAUUGUCGAAUAUAAAAAAGAAUACUAUCGAAGAAACAAAAAGUUCAGAAAACACCCAACAACCAACAGUAGAAAGCAAAAAUCCCGACAUUGAAAGGCUUAAUAAACAAAUUAUCGAACUGUCAGAAAAAAAUAAUGAACUUGUGGAUAAAUAUAAGCGUGCAUUAGCAGACGGUGAAAAUUUAAGGCAGCGAUUGACAAAACAAAUAGGAGAUGCAAAAAUCUAUGGUAUUCAAAGUUUUUGCAAGGAUCUCUUGGAUGUUGCAGACGUCCUUAAUAAAGCUACGGAGACAGUCCCAAGAGAAGAAAUUAGUGAAAAAAAUCCUCAUUUAAAAAGUCUAUAUGAAGGACUUACUAUGACUCAGGCAGAAUUGAAGAAUGUGUUUAAACGGCAUGGGCUAGAACAAGUCAAUCCAAUAAAUGAAAAAUUUGAUCCGAAUUUUCAUGAAGCGCUCUUUCAACAAGAGGCGGAGGGCAAAGAACCAGGAACUGUUGUGGUAGUUUCAAAAACUGGCUACAAGCUGCAUGAAAGAGUGAUACGUCCAGCUCUAGUUGGUGUUGCCAAAUAAGAUUGUACUCAGUCACCAAUUUUUAACACAAAUGUUUAUUGCUUUUAAUUGAUGUCAUUUCGCAAGAUAUCAAAUGAUAGUUUUUAUAACCAAAUAAUAUAGUAUAAAAUGAUG